AUGGAGUUUACCAGCAACUUGCAGAAGAUGGUCAAUCCGCCACCGAAUGCUAGUGAGAAUGCUGGUCACGAGGUAGCGAAUAAAGCAGAGGCCGAGAAGAGGAAAAGGGAUGAGGAAGAGCUGCAGCGGUUCAGGAAAGAGGAAGAAGAGAGAGAGAGAAAGGAAGACGGAGUGGAACGUUGA